AAAGAAGAACAGUUUGGAGUUGCAAAUUCUCAGAGAACAUGUAAAAAGAAUCUUUUGUUUCCAUAACACAAAAUAUUACAUUCAAUGACACAAUCAGAUAAAUCACCACAUGGAUUAGAUCUGUCUUACUAGAUUUAGCCAGCGUAUAUUUGCUCUUUCUUUCUUCUUCCAAAUCGUUUCAUUUUCACAUGUCCAACCACACCAAGUACAAUAAAACUUCUCUCUCUCUUUCUUCAAGCAUUUUUAUUUUUCUAAUUCUAAUUCUAAUUAUUUGUACCUUUUUUUUUUCUUUAUAUAUAAAAUAACAUUAAAAAAAUAGUCUUGGGUACCCCCACCUUCACAAAGUGGCAUUUCAUAUUUCAUCUUCUUGUCCUCUCUUCUCUACUCUUUUGUUCUCUCCAAAGCUUUCAUUUUUAAUUUUUAAUUUUUAAUUUUUAAACUUUUGUUCCCAUGAUGAAAAACAUUUAGACCAUGUUUUGCAUUUCUUUCUGCACUUUUAUUUUUAUUUGGUCUUCUCCUGAUCUCUUGACUGACACUAAUUCCAUAUUCUCUCUCUCCCCUGUUUAUUCCAAACUCCAAAAAUGAGCUUCCCAUCUCUUUGUAACAACAAUCUGUAUCUGGGUCUUCAUUAGAAUCAAUCAGUAUUGAUUUUUUUUCUUCUUACAAAACAAAAAUGGUGAACACCCAGAUGCUCAAAUUGAUUCUUGUUCUUACUUCAUUAACAUCUUUGGUAUUUUUUGUUCUUUUCAUCUACUUCUACUGUAAAAGAACGAGGAGAAAUGAGAAUGAAGAUAUAGAGAAAACAGAGUAUAAAAAUGGAGAUAAGACUCAUGAGGAAGAGGAUGAAGAAGAAGAAGAAGAAGAGGAAGACUUAGUGACUUUUCAAGGUGGUCAGGACUUGACAGUGGGUGAUAUACUUGAUGCUCCAGGAGAAGUGAUUGGAAAAUCCAACUAUGGUACUUUGUACAAGGCUUUUCUUCAAAACAGUAAGUCAGUUAGGCUUUUGAGGUUUCUGAGGCCUGUUUGUACAUUAAGGGGUGAAGAUUUUGACCAAAUGAUUCGGUUUUUGGGGAGUAUAAGGCAUCCAAAUUUGGUACCUCUUCUGGGAUUUUAUGCUGGACCAAGGGGUGAGAAGCUUCUGGUUUAUCCUUUUUACCGGUGUGGUAAUCUAGCUCAAUUCGUAAAAGACUGCAAUAAUGAGGCACAGAAGUGGGCCAUAAUUUACAAGAUCUCACUUGGUAUAGCUAAAGGGUUGGAUUAUCUUCACUCUGGCUUUCAGAAGCCAAUCAUUCAUGGCAAUCUUAAGUCCCAAAACAUACUAUUGGACCGCUAUUUCCAACCCCACAUCUCAGAUUCUGGUUUACAUCUUCUCCUGAAUCCAACUACUGGCCAAGAAAUGCUUGAAUCCUUAGCCUCUCAGGGUUACAAAUCCCCUGAGCUCAUUAAGAUGAAGGAAGCUUCUGAAGUGAAUGAUAUUUACAGUCUUGGUGUAAUCUUACUUGAAUUGGUUACAGGAAAAGAGCCAGUCAAUGAGAACCCAACUACACCAGAUGAGGAUUUUUAUUUGCCAAAUUAUCUUAGAAAAGCAGUUGUUGGGCACAGAGUCACUGACUUGUUCAAUCCAAAUAUACUAAUCACAAGCACCAAUGUUGAUGGUGAUGAUGAAGUACCAGUUACUGAAGAAAAGAUUCUCAAGUUUUUUCAACUUGCUAUGUCUUGUUGUUCACCUUCACCUUCACUCAGACCAACCAUCAAACAGGUUCUAUGGAAGUUGGAAGAGAUUGGAAAAUGAAGAUAUGGGUUCUUCUGGUGCUGGUUCUGAGUCUCUUCUCCAAAAUCUGCCAUGAAUGAAAGGACAUGAAAAUAACAACUACACAGAAGCUGAUGUUGACUUGUAUAGAUAUGAUAAAAAAGAACAAACUGGAAGAGGUCAUUCAUUCUUCAAUGCUAAAAAAAAAAAGUGAAAAAAGGCAUAAAAUUUUGAGUACCCAACAAGGGAACUGAGAGAUUGUUGAUGUUGAUGUCUAGAGAAAAGAGGUAAAUACAUCCAAACUCAUUCACUUUUGCCAAUCCAACAAGGAUCACAGAAUACGUUAUUUGGUUGAUUGGUUAAUUUGUUUGAUUUGGACUUGAAUCAGCCAAUCAGGAUAGUGAGAUAGUAAAGUCCCCCUCAUAGGUCCCCAAAACUAUUACUGCAGUUUUGGCUUAAGUGUUGACACAUGAAGUUUGAUAAUUGUAUUAUUUGCCUGGUAUGGAAUCUCAAUUGACAUAAGCUAAUGAUAUAAUUCUAUAGCUUUUAACCAUAUUUAUUUAUUUAUUUUACUUCAUUAAUUUUUGUUCAAGUAUGGGUGUGUGUGUCCUCAUCAUCAGUUCCAAUGUUUCUCAUAGAAUUCUAUGUACUUAGAAGUUGAAGUAAAUGUUGGAGUGACUCCAUAUUUCCAUGUUAAUAAUAAUAUCAAACAUUGUCUUUUAUUUAUUCA